CUGUACAAUGUCGAAGUCAAGAUGGGCGGCAACAUGUCCACGGUAGACGAGAGACUCAAGGCCUGCCGUGAACGAUACCAGCGCUUCACUCUGAAAGAACAAAAGGACCAUCGAGAGCAUGCUUUCCUUUGCUUCUCUGAUGAUGUGACCUUUGGACAUCUUCGCUCUGGUAUCGGAAAAGUUCUCCUGUCUCUCAUGUCAAAACCGAAUGUCGAGUUCGAGCCUAUAGGCGAAACGCUCAAGCUGCGGGAGGUCAUCGAGAGGGCUGGCAAGCCAUCCGACGCAAUCGUCAAGGUAAACAUUGACGUUUACGGACCGCGAAAUUCAGCCAAGGAUGUCGGCGAUGAACUCUCGAGAGCCAAGUUGUGGCUGCAGCGGUCAGACACCAGUCACAUCAUCAACCCAGGCAUUGAGUAUCACAACCCGCAUUUCUUGCGCAUCAGAAUCAGAGGCAGCGAUGCAGAGAUCCUGCAGCCUUCGCAGCCAGUUGUGAACAAUGCCACAGCGAGGAAACAAACGAGAGAAGAGCAGCUGCGAAAGAUGGUGGAGGAGGUGUACAAGACAGUGGGUAGCAAUCGUGAUGUGGACAGGGCCGAGGGUGGCAGUCGAGUCACCCGAGAGCUACUUGAUCAUCAAAAGGAAGCUUUGGGAUUCAUGCUGGAGAGAGAAUCUGGUCACAUUGCUGAAAAAUACCGACUAUGGAGAGAAGUCAACCACCCUGAUGGAACCGUUGAAUACAUACAGAAAAUCACGAGGAAGAAGAAAACUCAGAGACCAGAUGAAAAGGGAGGGGGUAUCUUGGCCGACGAGAUGGGUAUGGGAAAGUCACUUUCCAUUCUCGCCUUGGUCAUGAGGACCUUGGACCAAGGCCAAGAGUGGGCCAAAGAGAAGAAUGAAGAGAAUAAGGACAGAAAGUCUGUCAAAUUCUCCCGCUCCACGCUCGUUGUGGUUUCGGCUGCUUUGCUGAUAGAUAACUGGAUCAGCGAGAUUAAGAAGCAUCUCAAGGCAGGUCUCCGGGUCAUCAAGUAUCAUGGCAAUUCCCGGAAGGAUCAGGCGGACAUUGGUGAUUCUGAUAUCGUCGUGACAACAUACCACACACUCUCUGCCGAGUAUCAGGUGAAGAAGGGAAAGACCUCUCCUCUCCACCAGAUUGGCUGGUAUCGGGUCGUAUUGGAUGAAGCUCACAUCAUCCGACGUCCAACAACCACCUUCUAUCGCGCCUGCAACUCCUUGGAGGCCUGUUCGCGCUGGUGUCUUACAGGCACCCCCAUCCAAAACAAGCUCGCUGACAUUGGGACCCUGUUUAGCUUCAUCAAAGCCGAUUCUUUCAAAGAACCCGCCGUCUUUCGCAAAUGGAUCGAAAAUGCUUACGAGCAGAAUGCCGAAGAUCCUGAGCAGGUCAAGAACCGCCUGGUUCUGCUCCUCCAGGCUCUCUGCUUGCGUCGCACCCGAGAGGUGCUGAAUCUCCCAAGCACAAGUCAAAAUGUUCGAAAGCUUGACUUUAGCCCAGAGGAACGUGAGCAGUACACAAACACCAAGAACAUCUUGGUUCGCACCAUAAAGAACCGGGUUGGUGAGAUUGAGAGCAGCUCCAAGUUUGGCCUGUUCCAGAUGAGGUUGCAACUCCGCAUUCUUUGCAACCACGGCACGUACCAAAAGGCCUUUUCGUGGCAUCGCCGGAGUCUCCAAGACGAAAAGGAGGCGCUGAUUGGAUCUUUCGGGGGACAUAGAGAGAUGACCUGCGCUGGAUGUCAACAGCCCAUGCCAAUCUUGGGAUCAAACUGGGCAGAUGGAGGGGGGUUCACGGACCAUUGUGCGCACGUACUGUGCUCCGAGUGUAUUGAUGAGUCGACCUGGGCCGGCUCUGGAGUUCCUGCGGGACGAUGUCCAGUGUGCGUGAGAUGGAGUCAGCCCAGUCGCCAUGCUAGCGGAACAGAUCAGGACGUCGAGAUGACCGACGCUCCAGUCAAGAAGUCAUCAGCCGAGGAUGACCACGAACACUACUUCAACAACACCGGCAUCUCAACCAAGAUGCGUGCCAUCAUCGAGGAUGUCAGAGUUGAUCUCGGGACAACAAAGAGCAUCAUCUUUUCCUGCUGGACACGAACUCUCCAUCUCCUGUCUAAGCAUCUAGAAGAAGCCAAAAUCCCGUUCCACCAGAUUGAUGGCGAUUGUCCUAUUCCUAAAAGACAGGCAAAGCUUGACGCAUUUGACAAAAACGAUGACGUCCAGGUUCUCAUCAUGACCACUGGGACUGGAGCUUUCGGGUUGAACCUGACCUGUGCCAACCGAAUCUUCAUCGCAGAACUCCAAUGGAACCCAAGUGUCGAGAACCAAGCAAUUGCUCGGGCCAUCCGACUUGGACAGGAGAAUGAAGUUCGUGUCACGAGAUAUAUUAUUAAAGACACGGUAGAAGUGAUGCAGGAAAUGAUGGCGCAGCAGAGGCACAAGAAGAACCUAGCUGCUCUUGGAUUCGAUGACUAUGAUGAGGACUGGAUGGACCCUGAGACGCAGGCGCGUCAGUAG